AUGGACAUGCCUGUGCAAGGAACCGCGACCUCUUUGUCUAUUGUCAACCACCCACCAACACGGUUGCCGGGACCAUCCUUGCUUCACCUUCUGGUCCAGGGCCCCUCCCAGGAUGGGCAGACGGCCAUUGACUUCCUCUCAUCAAACGGCACCCGGAGCUCGUUAUCGUAUGGAGAGUUACACCAUGCGUCUGAGGCCCUGGCAAUCAGGCUUUCAGCUCUGGUUGGGCCGCUGGACCCUUCCAAGCCGUUGGUUAUCCCGGUUCUUCUCCCGCAAAGCCUCGACCUCUACAUUGCCCUCUUGGCCAUUCUGAAAGCCGGCGGUGCAUUCUGUCCGAUGAACCUGGAUGUGCCACUUGAGCGUGCCAAAUUCAUCCUCGAAGACGUGUCUGCCAAAGUUGUCAUCACCGCGCCGGAAUUGGCAUCAAAACUCCCGGAUGGCGACCAGGCGGUGCUGAUAAUGAAUGGAGAAAUCUACGCCGAACCCCCGGCCGUUACGUCACACCGACAGCCGACCCCAGCGGACCUGGCAUACGUGAUGUACACGUCUGGCUCAACUGGGACACCGAAAGGUGUUGGGAUAUCUCACGAUGCUGUCACCCAGAGCCUCCUUGCCCACGACCGGCACAUCCCGCAAUUCACACGGUUCCUCCAGUUUGCCGCCCCGACCUUCGACGUCUCCGUUUUCGAGAUCUUUUUUCCUCUUUACAGGGGCAAAACCCUCGUCAGUUGCGCCCGCUCAGCCUUACUCAAUGAAUUGCCAGGUGUCAUCCGGGACAUGGAUGUGGACGCAUGCGAGCUGACGCCCAGCGUCGCCGCCAGUCUCCUCCGUAAACGAGAAAAUGCCUCUGGUCUGCGGCUGUUGUUGACCAUCGGGGAGAUGUUGACACAGCCGGUAGUCGAAGAGUUUGGUGGCGAUCAGGAACGGCCAAGCAUGCUCUGGGGCAUGUAUGGACCAACCGAGGCAUCGAUCCAUUGUACACUUCAACCUGCAUUCGCUCGCGAUUCGGUGGUUCGCAACAUUGGGGUUCCGCUGGACACCGUCUCCGCUUUUAUUCUGAAGAUCCCGGAAGAGGGCAGCGAAAGCCCCGAUUUCUUGGUGCUGGGCCGGGAGGAAGUUGGCGAGCUGGCCAUCGGCGGUCACCAACUAGCAGAUGGCUAUCUCAACCGGCCCGAGCAGACGUCAUCCACGUUCAUCGACACUCCCUACGGCCGUCUCUACCGAACCGGUGACAAAGCGAGGAUGCUUGCAGAUGGCACGCUAGAGUGUCUCGGUCGGAUCGCUGACGGGCAAGUCAAGCUCAGGGGCCAACGGAUGGAGCUUGGAGAGGUGGAACAUGCCGCGCUGAGAACGCCGGGCUGCCACAGUGCGGUAGCUGCGGUUAUGGACGUCACGCUGGUCCUCUUUUGCGCCUUUGACGGAACAAACAACGCACAGGAUGCUAUUCUGGAGUCUUGCCGACAAUGGCUCCCGGGAUUCAUGCACCCUGGUGAGGUUGUGGUCGUGGAACACUUCCCACGAUUGGCAUCUGGAAAAGUUGAUAAGAAGCAGUUGGUGGCGGACUACGCAAGUCAAAUAAGCGGGAUACCGAGCAAUACAACCUUCAAGGAUGAGUUAGAGAAGCGGGUUUGCGACCUCGCGAGCCACUGUUUAGGGACGGACGUUCAACCGAACUUGGAUUUGGCUCGGGCGGGACUGGAUUCGCUCACCGCGAUUAGGCUCGCAUCGUGUCUUAGGGAUGGUGGAUUGAGUGUUGGGGCGAUCGAUGUCCUUGAAGCUCGGACGGUCUCUGCACUUUUACUGCGGAUACGGUCAAAGACGGAAACAGAGGCUUUGGAGUUCGCUCCCACGGAUCCAGAUCCAGGGCCGGAUGUUUCGGAGAUUGUGGCAAACUCGAUACUAUCGACGCAUAACGGGCCAAUUGAAGCUAUUAUCCCAUGUACGCCGCUACAGUCUUCCAUGCUGGCCGAGACAAUGGCGGAUGCCCGAGCGUACUGCAACUGGGUUCAACUCAAUAUUGCUGGAGCUCACUCUGCAGAUACGGUUCGGUCUUGGCUUUCACAGAUCGCCAAUGCAAACGAAGCCUUACGAACCGGUUUCACACAUUACGACGGGCGGUUCCUGCAAGUUAUCUUUGAGCAGCUGCCUGAGUCCAGUAUUUCGAUCACCGAUUCCAUCCCCAUCAUCAGAGACUUUGAGCUUUGUGAAGACGAGGACUUCCUUCGCCCGUUUCGGGCUCAGAUCUCUAUUUGUGAGGGUUCCGACAAUACAAUGAUCAUCCUGCAAAUCCACCAUGCGGUGUAUGAUGGUUGGUCCUUGGAUCUGGUGCGUUCGGAUCUGGCCAGAUUGGACCAGGGGAAGGAAUUCAGUCCCCGACCUCAGUUCCGCCAGAUCUCGGCGUACCACCAGUCAGCGAAAACAAGCCAGGCAUUCGACGCAGCGAGGGAAUUUUGGUCCCAGAGUCUUCUUGGCUUUCAACCUUCCGCUCUCCCAAACUUCACGGCUGAGGUGAACCGCGCCCCUGCAGUAUUGUCGUCAACCACCCUCCUUAACAUCAAACCAGGGGAGAUGAAGAUGACGCUCCAGGAAAUUGACUGCGGACCUCAAACGAUAUUCCAGGCCACGCUGGCAUGCAUUUGGAGUUCCAUGGUUGGAGCUACAGACGUAGUUGUUGGUUCGAUCCAGUCCGGACGAACGAUACCUGUCGCGAAGAUCGAGGACAUAAUCGGACCUUGUAUUGCCACCGCGCCUAUCCGGACCGAUCUGUCACAAGUUCGAACCAUCAGAGAUCUCCUGGUUAACAUCAAUGCCGGAAACCGUGAAGCUCUCCCGCAUAGCCUGUUACCUCUCGCCGAAAUCAAGCGGGCUGCUGGUGUACGUUCCGGGCAGUCACUCUACGACGUUCUUUUUAUUUAUCAAGAGUCUCUUUACAGCUCAUCGGAAUGUGUCAACACUGUUAAACAAGUGGAUCAUCGAGACUACUUGGAGACGAAGCUGCUCGUUGAAAUUGAGCCAGGGCAAGAAGGGUUCAACUGCCGUUUGACAUAUCAUUCUGAUGUGCUCCCGAAAGAUCAGAUACGCGUCGUGGGAAACCUGAUCUCCGCAUUGAUCCCCUAUAUGCUCAAAAACAUUGAUUCGGAUAUCUCUUCGGUCUGGAAGGCCUGCCCACAACACCUGCUCUCGAUCUUCAACCCUAAGCCAAAGACUUUUAACGGAAUUCCCGACUUGGCCACCGCCGUUGAGUGCAUCUCUGAGGAGUUCCCCGACAAGGAUGCAAUCUGCUUUGCGGAGAACAUCUCGAAUGGUGUCCUCACAACCACCACGAUCACUUUUGCAGAGCUCAAUAAGAUGGCAGAUCGAAUUGCUUGGCACCUCGCACAACAUGGUGUGGGCGAGACAGGCGUGGUCGCCAUCAUCAUGGAGAAGUCCGUUCGACUCUAUGCUGGUAUUCUCGCCAUUCUCAAAACUGGGUGCGCAUACUUGCCUCUUCUCCCCAGCACUCCAAUGGCCCGAAUCGAGACCAUAUUCCAACAGGCGGGCGUCAAGGUUUGCGUUGUUGACACCGCUACCCAGGAAAAGGUGCAACAGCGGUUGGAGUGUAACUGCCUUAACCUUCAGUCCCUUGACCUUCAAGCAACCCCUAUUUUGACGAAGCCGGCCCCAGAUCCCGAGCGGUUGGCCUACGUCAUCUACACAUCAGGAAGCACAGGCGUACCCAAAGGUGUCUGCCUCACACAGCGCAAUAUCAUGAGCAAUCUCGAUAUGCUGUCACAGAUCUACCCGGUCGAGGAGCAUUCUAGACUUCUGCAAUCUUGCUCGCAAGCCUUUGAUGUUUCGGUGUUUGAGAUCUUUUUCACUUGGACAAGAGGCAUGUGCCUUUGUUCUGGGACUAAUGACACGCUCUUCGAGGAUCUCGAGAGGUCCAUUCGCAAGCUCAACGUCACCCAUCUCAGCAUGACGCCUACCGUGGCAUCUCUGGUUGACCCAGCCAAGGUCCCGAGAGUGCAAUUCCUAGUCACUGCUGGCGAGCCGAUGACCGAGGCUGUGACGCAGAAAUGGGGCGACAAACUGUAUCAGGGGUACGGGCCGUCGGAGACAACCAACAUCUGCAGUGUCAAGAAGAUGAGCGCCAACCAGGCCAUUCAGCAUCUCGGCUGGUCAUUCGAUAACACGUCAACAUUUGUCCUCGCCCAGAACAGCUUGGAGGCUGUCCCUUUUGGUAGCCUGGGCGAGUUCUGCUUUGGCGGCGACCAGAUAGCUCAAGGGUAUCUCAACCUGGAAGCUCUCACAGCCGCAAAGUUCAUCUAUCACCCCACCUUUGGCCGGAUCUACAGGUCUGGUGACCUUGGACGCAUGUUGACAGACGGCUCGAUGGUUAUUCUUGGUCGCGCAGACGAGCAGAUUAAGAUCAGAGGACAGCGAGUCGAGCUCGAUGAAGUAACUGAGGCCAUUCGGCAGUCCGGGAAUGUCGACUGCGCAACCCUGUUUUUGACGGUAGAGGACACGGGAACCCGGGAUCAAAUCAUCUCGUUUGUGGUGUUGAAAGCGAAGGAGACGGCCAAGUUCCAAGCCUUACUCGUUAAUGACGAAGUCAAGGGGAGCAUCCAAUCAAUCUAUCGCGCUCUCGGAGACCGGCUUCCACUGUACAUGCUUCCUUCCGCUAUCAUCCCAAUCUCGGCUUUGCCUACCACUUCAUCCGGAAAGUUGGACAAAGCAAGGCUGAAGCAGACUUUCCGGGACUUCGGGCCCGAUCGACUGGCCUUGGUUAGCUACGGAGCUGAGCAUAACGCGGACGACGGAGAAUGGUCUACCAUCGAAACAGAGAUCGCCCAAGCUAUCUCUGGUGCGUUGAAUGUCAGGAGGACCGAUGUUCAGCGGUGGACUCCGUUGGCCACCCUUGGUCUGGAUUCCAUUUCCGCCAUUCAAGCGUCCAGAGACCUGGACUCAAAGCUGGGCAUCCGGUUUCCGAUAUCAACCAUUUUACAAAACCCGAGCGUCGCGAGACUCGCAAAGGUGGCUCCGGUAACGGAGAGCCGGGGACAAGAACAUCGAGGAGCCCCAGAGCUUUUGCCAUCGGAUUUCCUCGACGGAAUUGCUGAGGGACUAAGACAACUUGGCAAGCCGUUCGCCAAAAUUCUCCCUUGCACUCCGCUGCAAGAAGCCAUGCUCGCAACGUCAUCCACGGAUAGCCAAUACCUCAACCAGAUGUUAUUCAGAGUUAGUGGUGACUUGGAACAACUGAGACAGGCUUGGAAUGCCAUGGUGGCCCGCCAUGAUAUUCUCCGGACAUGCUUCAUCGCGACAAACGACGCGCGAUGGCCAAUCCUCCAAAUCGCCCUCGACCCCUGGCAGCCCUCCUGGCAUGACUUGGGCGGUGGCCAGUCUGACAUCGACGACUGUAUCCACAAGCACGCGCAAAUAAUGCCCGACGCCGUUGACUCUCUAGAGCCGGCUGUAUCGUUCGCGACGUUCAGACAGAACGACAAUGUGUAUCUGUCAUUUUUGUGCCACCAUGCUUUAUAUGAUGGCGUGGCUAUCGAACGUCUCUUGUACGAAGUCGAGCAAUAUGCCUUCGGCGCCCGACUGCCGCGUGCCCCUGCUUAUGAUCGGUUCCUCGGCGAAUCUCUCAGACUGCCGGACAACGUUGAUAGGUUUUGGCUUGAGCACCUUGCCAGCUACGAGCCUAAACUCACAGCAAGUGUGGUUUCGACGCUUGCUAAGACACAGACGCGCGAGCUAUCCUAUGAACUGGAUGUUACGUUGUCUCAAGCCACGGUCGGAACCAAGGAGCUUGGGGUAUCCCUGUUGGCGCUUGUUCAAACCGCAUGGGCAAUAACUCUUGGCCGCAUCUUCAAGACCGAAGACGUCUGUUUCGGAAAUGUUGUCAACGGCCGAUCACUGCCCAUCGAAGGCAUCAGCGAACUUGUUGCGCCGUGCUUCAACACCAUACCCAUUCGCAUGGACCUCUCUCACAGACAGCGAAAUCUUGACGUGAUGAGAGCGUUUCAAAAGAUCAAUGCGGAGGUUAUGAACUAUCAGUUCACACCUCUACGGCGCAUUCAGUCCAUCAUUCCAGACGUUGGUUGCUGGGGGUUGUUUGAUACCCUUUUACUCUUGCAGCAACCGUCUCGAGCUCUCGACCAGAGUCUUUGGACCUUGGAACGAGAUGACGGGGAGAUGGAUGUUCCCCUCGUUUGUGAAGUGAUACCGAAUAGUCAUUCAGACCAGUUGUUCGUCAAAAUGCAUACCGCCGGAAGCCGACCGCUCUCCCAGGAGAUUGCCAAAGUAGCCUACGAUUUGUUCUCCGAUGCAUUACGGAACUGUCUCCAAUUCCCUGGGUCCCAUACGACGUAUACCAACAUAUCUCAAGGGCUAGCGGAACGGCUCGCUCAGAUCGAAUACCUGCCUCCGUCUCUCGCCAUCGUUGCAACAGAGCAAGAGUCUAGGGGCGGGCAAUGGACGGAAAUGGAAAUCUCUGUCCGAGAGGUAUUGGAAACCUUAGUAACCCAGGAUUCGGAGAACAUCCAGCGUGACACGACGAUAUACCGACUCGGGCUGGAUAGCAUCAGCGCAGUCCAAAUCGCCUCGAUGCUCCGCAAACGCGGCCAUCAGGUAGUCGCGAGUGAUGUCAUCGAAAACCCGACAUGUGCCAGUCUUGCACAAUUUAUCGAGACACGAACCCCGGGCUCAGGGGCUGCAUCAGCAUACGAUAUCACCAGAUUCCACCUUCAAGUCAGAACCCAACUCCUUGCCCACGGUAUUAUAUCCAAGGCGGUGGAGGCCGUGCUUCCAUGUACACCAGUGCAAUCCGCGAUGAUGGCGCAAUUUAUCAAGUCGGGGGGCCGAGCCUACUUCAACCAGGCUGAUUUUGAACUCGACGAUGACUUGGGAUCCGCCAAAGUCGUUGAAGCAUGGCAUGUUGUCUUGCGAGAGCACCCCAUACUUCGAACUACCAUUGUCCCGGUCGAACAUGACGACUGCGCGUUCACCAUGGUUCAGUAUUAUGCGGAUAUGUUUGAGCACGGAUCAAGCACCAUCACUGAGAGCUCAACCGACAGCUUCAACUUCGAUGCUUGGAAACUUGACGCCUCCGAAGCGGCGUUCGGAACACUUCGGCCACGGCUUUGGAGCGUUGCUGUCGUUAAAGGCAAGACGAAAACCAAGAUGCACCUCGUGAUGCACCACGCACUAUACGAUGCUCAUUCUCUUCAGUCCAUCCUCGAUGAUUUGUCGCGGGUGAUCCUGGGCCGGGACCCUCUCCCCAGACCUCCCGUUGGAGAAGCUGUCGCGGAUAUACUUGGCCACGCCCUUUCAAACUCGAAGAGCUCGGCGGAAUUCUGGAAGCAACAAGCCGAGAAUGUGGUCAUUAACAAAUUCCCAGUAUUGACACCACUCCGGGAAGCAACACGGGAGAUCCUGACGGAAUCAACCAUGAGUGGCACCACGCUUACUACAUUGGAAACUGCCGCGUCAAGGUCAGCGUACCCUGUGCAAGUCAUUCUCCAGGCGGCUUGGACACGGGUCUUGUCGGCGUACCUUGGCGAAACUUCAGUGGUCUUUGGAGUUGUUCUUUUUGGACGCAACGCAGAAGCAACACGGAAUGCGGUGUUCCCCUGUAUCACGACCCUGCCCGUCAUUACCAGAAACGCCGAUUCGAACCAAGCUCUGCUGACGCAGAUGCUGUCAUACAACACCAAUCUCUACAAAGAGCAGCAUCAGCCCCUGACAAGAAUUCAGCGGUGGUUAGGAUGCCCGGAUUCCAAACCGUUCGACUCAUUGUUGGUUUACCAGAGACUCGACCGAGACAUGUCAGCGAAACAGCAUUGGAAAAUCGUCAAUGAGAAUGCCAACGUCGAUUAUCCUGUUUCUAUUGAAGUCGAGCCCACAGCCGGAGGUCAGCUGCGGCUUCAAAUUACCUUCUUCAGUGAUAUUCUCGCCAAAGAGCAAGCCAUGAUACUGCUGAAACAGUUUGACGCGGCAUUUCAGCACCUUGCUUUUUCGCCCUUUGAUUACGAAACAGAUCUUUUCAAGUUACACCCGGCCCUUUUCUCAAUCCUGCCUCCAGAGACUGCUGAGAUCCCGACGCAGGUUAAGUUCCUUCACCAGUUUGUGGAAGUUCAGGCCCUUCAAGCACCUGACGCGACCGCUCUUCAUUUUGUGACAGGAUACGACGGGAAUGCGCCGAUCGGGGAUAUAUGGACCUACGCAGAGCUCAAUGAUAACGGCAACCGGGUGGCACAGUUAUUGCUCUCUCGGGUCAAGCCUGGAGACAUCGUUGCUGUUUACUUUGACAAGUGCCCCGAAGCAUACUUUUCAAUUCUGGGGAUCCUCAAAGCUGGUUGUGCGUUCCUUGCCUUGGAUCCUGGAGCACCACGGGCAAGAAAUGAGUUCAUCUUACAAGAUUCUGGAGCCUCGGUUCUAGUCACGUCGAGAGCCAGAAAGGACAACCUCGAGCUCUCUGUCAUCGUCCCCACCAUCUUUCUCGAUCGGGCGUGUUUAUUGGCGGCAUCAUCAGAUCCUCCGGUUCUUAACCUGGAACCCAACAAUGUCUGCUACUGCCUCUACACAUCUGGCACAACUGGCACGCCAAAAGGAUGCGAGAUCACUCAUGAUAACGCAGUCCAAUGUAUGCUUGCCUUCCAACAUAUCUUCAGCGGCCAUUGGCAAGAUGACUCAAGAUGGCUGCAGUUUGCCUCGCUGCAUUUUGACGUCUCAGUCUUGGAACAGUACUGGAGUUGGUCAGUGGGCAUUACGCUUGUGGCUGCCCCCCGAGACUUAAUUUUGGAAGACCUCGCAGGAACGAUUUCUCGGCUUGGAAUCACUCACAUCGACCUUACCCCCAGCCUAGCACGCCUUCUACAUCCCGAUGAUGUGCCAACUCUCUGCAAGGGUGUUUUUAUUACCGGGGGCGAGUCGCUAAAACAGGAGAUCCUUGAUAUUUGGGGUUCCAAAGGUGUCAUCUACAACUUCUAUGGCCCAACGGAGGCGACCAUCGGGGUCACAGUUUUCCCACGAGUACCCACAAACGGCCGGGCGUCAAACAUUGGAAAGCAGUUCCUCAACGUUGGUUCCUACGUGCUGAAACCGGGCACACAACAACCUGUCCUCCGUGGGGGCAUAGGCGAGCUUUGUGUUUCCGGUCGGUUGGUUGGUAAAGGGUAUUUGAAGCGCCAGGACCUUACGGCAGAAAGGUUCCCGACCCUCCAACAGUUUGGGGACAGAGUCUAUCGCACUGGCGACUUGGUGCGUGUCCUCCACGACGGAUGCUUUGAUUUCCUGGGCAGAGCCGACGACCAGGUCAAGCUUCGCGGCCAGCGUCUCGAGAUCGGCGAGAUCAACCACACUAUCCGCAAAGGGGUCGAUUCCAUCCGGGAUGUUGCCACCCUUGUCGUGAGAAGCGAAUCCCAGAAGAAAGAUCUGCUUGUUUCGUUCAUCACAACUGGUGAUGGGGCUAAGCGAGAGGAGUCGAACACCUCGCUUGAGGUUCUCGACGGCCCCAGCGCGGCAGAACUAUGCCAACGCGCCAGAGACGCCUGCCGUUCAAAUCUCCCUAGUUACAUGGUCCCGACAUACGUGCUUCAAGUCUCUUUCAUCCCGUUGUCUUCCAACAACAAAGCGGAAACCAAACGGUUAGCGACGUUCUUCGCUUCGCUGACCGCUGACAAGCUCAUGUCGCUGUCUUCACUAUCGAACGUGUCUCCCCGGGUACUCAACGGUACUGGCGCGAAGAUUGCGAAGGUCCUUGCUACAAUGCAAGACGUCGAGACCAACUCGGUGACAGCAGAGUCGAGCAUAUUCGAGCUCGGUGUGGACUCCAUUACUGUUCUCCGUCUCUCUCGGGAGCUGAAGAAGGAAGGUUUUGCAACGGCCAGCCCAUCCUUGAUUCUUCGCCACCCCCUAAUCGGGGAUUUAGUCCGGACUUUGGAAACUCACAAGCCAAUUCACGGAUCUGACUCGGUUGCAGCAGCAAAGCAGCUCGUCCAAGCCUGCGGCCAUAAACACCGGGCCCACGUUUCUCAGGAACUAGGCGUCUUGCCAGACGAGAUUGAAUACAUCGCUCCGUGCUCGCCUCUACAACAGGGCAUGAUCUCGAGGUUUUCCAGCGAUAGCGCCUACUUCAACACAUUCCAGUUCAUCUUAGCUCCUGGUGUCUCAGCUGAGCGGAUGCGUAACGCACUACAAAGGACAGUUGACGCGAACUCUAUCCUCCGGACCAAGUUUGUGAGCACGGUUGACGGUGUCGUCCAGGUUGCUCUGAACGGUACUUCAUUACCGUGGAGUGAAAUCCGGCUCGAGGCUGGCUCGCCGAUCGAGGACACGAUCCGCGAGAUGCGGGAUGCUUGGUUGUUACGAAAUCAGGACCGCCUUGUCGAACCCUUCAGAGUCGUUCUCGUCCAUAGUGACGGGGCCCGCGUGCUUUGCCUUCACAUAUUCCACGGACUUUACGAUGCCAACAGUUUCGAUCUUCUUCUUAACCAACUGGCAAGCCAAUACCUGGCGGGAGGCGAUGAGUCUGCUGAAACAGCUCACGAUACACGGAGGCCAUCCUUCAUCGAUGCUUUGUGCCAUGGACCGCUGCAAGACUUUAGCAACAGCAGGGCAUUCUGGAGGAAGCAUCUAAAAGGUGCAGCUGUUAUCCAUUCCCUCGAGCUUGCAACAUCCCCGGCAACCAUCAACGUCACGCGUAAGGGCCACUUCGGCGAUCUCGAACUGUUGAAAACCAACCUCAGAGUCACGCACCAAGCAUUGGUUCAAGCGGCAUGGGUUAGUGUUUUAGCCAAACACCGUUCCAUUGAUCCAACCAUCGGCAUUAUCGUUUCUGGGAGGAGCAUUGAGUUAGACAACGCGGAAGCCGUUGUCGGACCAUUGUUCAACACGCUCCCUUUUCAUGCGGCUAUCAUCUCAAAUGCCGGGUCUACCUGGUCAUCCUUGAUCCAGCAGUGCCAUGAGUUCAACACUGCUGUUUUGGCUUUCCAACACGUCCCCCUUCGCGACAUACAAAAAUGGUGCUCGGGUGGACAACCCUUGUUCGACAGCCUGUUUUCGUUCCAGCGUGAUAUAGAACCAGACAUCAAGCAGAGAACGCUGUGGACUGCGGUCGAGUCGAAACCCAAGGCUGAUUACCCCCUGGCCUUAGAAGCCUCCCUGGACUCCAACGGUUAUCUUUCUUUGCUUCUCGUUGCCCAGAAUCACGAGGCUACUAUACUCGCAACUAUGAUGGAAGACCUGGAAGAAGCGCUCAAGAACAUGACUCGGGAUUCCGGCGAUCUCGUGGGAGCCAUGUCAGCCGGCUUGGACCCUCGAUCAGUUCGGUGCGCUGCGACAAACGAAGAUAUGUCGGAUGAGCAACCUUCUGAGCCUCUCGUCGAAAGGUCGCCCUUUGAGUGGACCAAAGACGCUCUCAUGAUACGGAAUGAGAUAGCCGACCUCGCCGACAUGGACCCACGAUCUGUCCCCGAGAACGCAUCCCUCCUAAGCUUAGGCCUCGAUAGUAUCGACGUGAUCAGGCUCUCUGCAUUGCUGCGGAAAAAAGGGGUCAACAUCAAGACCAGCGACCUGAUGAAAGCGCAAACGAUUGCAGCGAUUACCGAGCUGCUGCAAGCCAGGGCUCAUGACGCCACCAUCAACGGAACCGAAGGCGCUCCCGCGACGCAAAGAAUAAACGAGGCAAAAGCCGCUUUGCGAGAUUACAUGAUCAAAGCUGGCGAGCUCCUUGAUGGCGAAGUUGUGCUCCCGGCGACGCCGCUUCAGGAGUCUAUGGUAAUGGAGAUGAUCAAAUCCGAUUUCCAGUUGUACUUCAACCACGACAUCCUGGAACUUGCGCCCUCGGUGGAUGUCACCAGGAUGGCGGACGCGUGGAGGACCGUGAUCGCCGGCUCGCCUAUUCUUCGGACCAGGUUCGUACCAGUUGAGAGCCCCGAGUUGGCGGCAUCGUACUGUCAAGUCAUUGGUGACGGCUCAACGGUGCGCAUUACCGAAGUUAUCUUGAACAAGACCGAGGAGUUGGCAAAGGUUUGCUACACUGCGACGCUCCGAGCUCAGAAAGGGGCAGGGAGGUCCGACCUUCUGCAGCUGGUGUUUGCAACAGACGGAGAUCAGACCUUCUUGGUCCUUUCCAUCGCCCAUGCACUGUACGACGGGUGGUCUCUCAGCCUUAUCCACGAAGCCGUCCAUGAGGCGUAUGAAGGGACAUACCGGGUCCCAACCUUGGGGUCAUACAUUCACCAGCUCGACAACGUUUUGUUCCAGGAACAUCGAGAUGCACCGGCAUUUUGGGCUGGUUUCCUUCAAGGUGUUACCCCGACCCUGAUACCCGAAAACCAGUCGGAACCCGACAAAGAUCCGCUGGUUCACAGAGAUGAAGUGACCUGGCCUGUCUCGGCGGCGGAGACCAUGGCUUUCUGCAAAGCCAAUACUAUCACCUUGCAAACCUUAGGGCAGGCCUGUUGGGCUGCCAUCCUCGCUGCCAAAACAGGGUCUCUUGAUGUCACCUUCGGCGUGGUACUUUCCUGCCGGGACACUGUGUCCCUCGAAGAGCUCGUGUUUCCAACCAUGAACACCAUCCCUGUCAGGAGUGUCUUGCACGGCACGGUCUCAUCAUGGGUCCGUUACAUGCAGGAAAACAUGAACAGCAUCGGCCCUUACAGGCAUUUUCCACUACGAGCGGCAAAAAAAGUGGCUAAAAGCAACGGGCCCCUCUUCAAUACCUUGUUUAUUCAGCAGCGAGGACUUCCGGGGGUUCACCAGGUGAGCAACAGACAGCUCAUGGAGUCAGUUGGCGGAACAUCGAAAGUGGAAUACCCCGUGUGCGUGGAGAUGGAGUUGAUGGAGAGCAGGCUGGUCUGGCGGAUGGCUUGUGACGGCGCUUAUGCGUCUCAAGACGCAAUGUUGCAAAUGUUGCGGGAACUCAACCAAGUCCUUAUCUACAUCAUGCGUUCUCCUGAAACAGGCGUUCUGUCGUUCUCAGGGCAGCGAGUUUCAGUGUGCGGCCAGUCUCCCAUCGUGCUCCAAAUCACAGACAGUGUCCUCACCACUGCCGCACACGAUAUGGGGCUGGAAGAGGAGGACGGUCCUUGGUCUCCUCUCGAAGAAAUCAUCAGGGAUGUGUUAGCUGCUGUGUCAGGGACACCCGCCACAACCAUCCUGAAGGCCAACAGCAUUUACCAUCUUGGCCUGGAUUCGAUCAGCGCCGUGAAGGCUGGUUCACUGUUGCGGAAGAAGGGAGUUUCGAUCGGGUUCCGAGAUAUGCUCAAGGCACAGUCGAUAUCCGAAAUGGCGAUGCUUGCCCGUGAAGCCCAGUCUAUCCCAACACCGCCAGAGUCUUCCGACGGUGAAGACGAACGCACCAAGGCCUUUGACGUUCCACAAGAUGUCGGAAUACCGGUCAUCCUCCGUGGUAUCGGGAUUCAAGAAUCCGAUGCCGAAGAAGUGCUCCCAGCCACGUCGAUGCAGGUACAUAUGCUGUCAGUCUGGCAGAACACCCUUGGAAGCGUGUUUUAUCCGUGUUUCCAAUACGCACUGUCCGGUCAAGUGGACAUCAUCACCAUUGCCACGGCAUGGAAGACUUUGGUGGCCGAGACACCCAUGCUCAGGACCGUAUUCGUCUCAACCAAUUUGAGAUCAACCCCGAUCAUGCAGAUCACUCUUCACGCCGCAGCAUUGGAUCACAUACAACUUUCGGUCGACAACACUACGUGGCAUAGCCGGGCGAUGGAAGAUCUGCCACAGCCGUAUAGCUCCCUGCACGCGGAAAGAAACGGGGACAGUUGGGUCUUGCGCUUGAAGAUUCACCACGCACUAUACGAUGCCGUUAGCCUGCCCGUAAUCAUGGACAAGUUUGCGGCCCUCUGUUUCCCGAAAACCAUUGAUAGUUUCAUCACCACCGGGUUCAAGUGGCGGACUAUUCUCGCCCCCCACCUUUCGGAUGCUGCUCGUGAUGCACGACGGCAGUUCUGGGUCCAGUAUCUUGCCGGCAUCCAGCCCCAGCCCCCAUGUCCUCCUACAACCGAGGGAGACCCCACUUCCCGGAAUGGAGUGGGUUUGCAAGCCCUCUUCUUCGCUGCAUAUGCAGAGUUCCUCGCCUCCACAGCCGCUCGAAAUGGUGCCGAAAGGCCUCAAACGAUGGUAUUUGGCAUUUACCUCGCCAAUAGGGCCGAAAAUGACCCAGGCACGAGUACCUAUCCCUUCCUGCGUCUGGUGCCGCUCCGGGUCGUGUUACGAGACACUCCCAGCCUGUUUGACAUUGCGAGUGAGAUCCAGAGGGAUAUCCACGCCAUAUCAUCCCCUGUUCACGUGGAAGUUGGGCUGUGGGAGAUCAAGGAUUGGACGGGCGUCACGAUCGACUCGUUCGUGAACUUCCUUGCAGCGGCCCCGUCCGUCCUAGAUCAGCGGGAGGAUCCCCAACUAGAGCUACGGGAGCCAUCGGAAGCUGGUGAUCCAACCACCCAUGAUCAGUUGGAUGGCAACUUUGAAGAGUUGGCCGAGGCGAUAGCAAGCAACCCUGUAAGGGAUGCCUUUCAGGAUGCGGUUGAUGUGGAGGUUUCCGUGCAGGACGAUACGAUGACAGUUGGCGUCUUUGGGUCCAGAGAGAAACUGGGAAACAGCGGUGGAGACAGAGUGAUUGAAGGAGUCAUUACACUAUUGACGGAUAGCCCCCUGCAACUGUGGCUUGUUAAGAUCAGCUCCAAAGCCAAAAUCACAGUACAAACACUUCGCAGUCAGCUCGUCAUAUCGAGGCCCCAGUCGUGA